UUAACGGAAUUUCAUUACGAGCGGUUGUAUGAUGCGGUGAGUGGCACAGUGGACAAAUAAAAUAACAAAAAAAUGCGAAACAGCUACAAACAAAACGGAAGUGGGGAUAUAUGAAACUAAAGAAUUUAUGCAAAACAAAAGGUUCAAGCUCUUAGCCGACAUAUGUUUGUAUAAAUUUUCAUAAUGAGUGCAUAAAAGUUAUAUUAAAAUUGCAAAAUUGGCUUUCUUAACGAGUAUUCAGCAUCUGAGCUGCAAGCAUUGAUUUUACCCAUCUGUAUUGGUCUCGGAUAGGGCAGCUGUCACAAGAAUAAAGUCAGCAAAGGCAACCAACAGUUUCACAAGGGUGGAGAGGAAAAAAAUAAAACUAGAUCUUCACUUUCACAUAAUCGCGGAUAAUUAUCUUUGAAUGACGAUUUUCUUUCCCACCCAGGUGCAUUGUGCAACAAUUUGAAUUUCUCGAGAUGAAAAGUGUUAUAGGUAUAAGACUGAAAGAUUGAAGAAACAGUUGUGCUCAAAUGAGAACGUGGAACUGAGCAAGCAUUCGGAAACUACUAGAAAACCACCGAAAAUAUAAAGUUUCAAUUGUGGGCAGCUCCAACACCUACUCCGAAGAACAAAAGACUUAAGUUAAAUAACAAUAACAAUAAAUAUAGGCGAGUGCAAAAUUGAAAAAUGUCGUCCCGUCUUAAGGAGAAAGUGACCGCGGCUAUACGAAAAUUCAACAAGAGUAGAAGUCGCAGUGGCAGUGGUGAUAAAACGGCUGAGGCUGGGGGUAGCGCAAGUGGGAAUAUCUCUGGAGGAAAUGUCAGCGGCAAUGUGACGGCGAAAAAUUCAAACGGUAAUGCGCUAGGCGCCGGUGUUGUAGCUGAAUCGCCGGGUAGACGUCUACGUCGACAAGAUAACAGAGUUUCACCAGCUACAAGUAGAAUGGUUAUGUCAGUCAAUGUUCAACAUGUUCCCGAUCACAGUAUUCGGGCACGGCGCCUAAUGAAAGAAUACAAGGAGAUACAAAAAAUGCACAAUAGUAAAAACGAUCCAGUAUUCACGGUGGAACUUAUAAACGACAAUCUGUAUGAGUGGUACGCACGACUCCAUAUCGUCGAUCCAGAUUCGAAAUUAGCGAAAGACAUGGCUGAGAUGAACAUUCCAUUUAUACUCCUGCAUCUUGUAUUUCCCGAUAAAUUCCCAUUCGCACCGCCUUUUAUGCGAGUAGUCGAACCGAGAAUCGAAAAGGGCUUCGUAAUGGAAGGUGGAGCAAUUUGCAUGGAACUUUUAACGCCACGCGGUUGGGCCUCAGCGUACACUGUAGAGGCGGUCUUAAUGCAGUUUGCAGCGAGCUUAGUUAAGGGACAGGGACGUAUUGUGCGAAAAACAAAGGGUUCAAAGGAUUUUAGUAGACGAACAGCGGAGGAAGCAUUCCGUUCAUUGGUAAAAACACACGAAAAAUACGGCUGGGUAACUCCAGCACUUUCCGACGGUUGAAUGGCUAUACACUUGCUGCAUCUGUGUACACAAGCGGUGUAAGAAAACAAAAACACAAAUGUCAAAGAAGAAUGCAGUUCUGGUCCUUGCUCUGACCAAAAGUACACUCAUAAUUAAGUUUAUUUACUAGGCACACAUAAGUACAUACAUACAUUUAAACAUUUAUUGAACUCGGUAUUUUCGAUUUUCGUUAAGAAGCUGCCACAAAAAGAUAAUUCGUUGUUAAGCAUGUAAUAGUAUUUGUAAUUGUAUUACCAAUACGGUUUGCUCAUACACACAUACAAUAUACAUAUAUACAUACAUGGUAUAUAAAACAUAUACAUAGCUUAAUAUAAAUAUACCUUCCAUGUUUAUUUAUUUUUUUUUUUUGCAAAAAAAUGGCGAUAGAAUAAGAUUUUUAUAAAACACCACGUAAGAUAAUAUACACUUAUAACAAUAUGGUAAAUUUAUCAAUUCGCGAGUUCGCAAAUAAACCGAAAACCAUCCAGAAACAACUUAGAAAUGUAAAUACUAAAAUCAAAAAUAAAUGAAUUAUAAUGUAAACUAAAUUAACCGUUUGAAUAUGUUUCGAUCUUUCAAUUGAAUGCAAAACGUGUAUGCAACAUGGUGGCAUUUUUAUUUUAAGCAAUUAUUUUAUAGAUAGUAAUGUUUACGGUCGCGAAAGUCAAAAUUAUUCUAAUUUUUCUGGAUUUACAUAUUCAAUUACUUAGGAAGGGGCUCACUUUGCAAGGUAAAGCUGCAGAAGUGGUUUACCAACACUUUGCAUGAAACACAAGAGUUCAAAAUUUUAGUUAAGAUUUGAAUUAAAGCACUAUACACC